GACGGACGCGGCGUGCGUGCUUUGGGGCUCCGCGGGCACGGCACCCGCAAACGGGAGUGCUGGGGAGUUACGGGGCCUGGGAUCUUCUGACGGAAACCAGCUGGACUAAACCAUUGCCGCUAUGAAAGAAGAAGCGUCUUUCGUUUCGGCGAGCUCCCGUGUGUGUCUGGUGUUUUCGUUCUCAGCGGUGCCUGAGAGAAGGCCGAGUAGAGCUGUGCUGUUUGCCCAGCAGCCCUCUGCGCAUAUAGCUGGGUGAUGGAGAUGUCUAAACCCUGCUCCUGAUCUUCAAAACAGAAAACAAGAUCCUGCUGGGUUCUGCCCACCUACCUCUGAAAGAGAGGUUUGAGGUUCUGUUUGUUGUAAUAGAAUGUAAGGUUCUGUUUAGAGGUGAGUUCUUGCAGAGUUGUCUGACCCUGUGGCACAGUGACAGGUGCUGCACAGCACACCCUCAAUGGUCUGUCAUCAGCCUGCACCUUUGGUGUGAACCUGCUUCCUCAGGGGGGUAGACAGAUGCUCCAGCCCCUAUGGUUCUGUGUAAGUGCACAGAAUUACCCACGUUUGUGUGGAAAAGGUGAAAUGAAUUCCAUCAGACCAGAAAGCCAGCUGUGUUCUGGGCUGCAUUAAAAAGGGGUGGCCAGCAGGGAGAGGGAGGUGAUGGUCUCCCUCUUCCUGGCUCUUGUGAGGCCCCAUCUGCAGCACUGCAUCCAGGCCUGGGGCCCCCAGCACAGGAAGGACGUGGAGCUCUUGGAGCAGGUCCAGAGGAGGGUACUGAGAUGAGCAGAGGGCUGGAGCACCUCUCCUAUGAGGAAAGGUUAAGGGAACUGGGCUUGUUUAGCUUGGAGAAGAGAAGGCUCCCAGGAGACCUUGUGGCCUUCGAGUACUUGAAGAUAGCAUAUAAACAGGAGGGGGGACGGCUGUUUGUGAGGGUGAAUAGUGAUAGGACAAGGGGGAAUGGUGUUAAACUGAGACAGGGGAGGUUUAGGUUGGAGAUUAGGAGGAAGUUUUUCACCCAGAGGGUGGUGAGGCACUGGCACAGGUUGCCCAAGGAGGCUGUGGAUGCCCCAACCCUGCAGGCAUCCAAGGCCAGGCUGGAUGUGGCUCUGGGCAGCCUGGUCUGCUGGUUGGUGACCCUGCACACAGCAGGGAGUUGAAAUUAGAUGAUCACUGUGGUCCUUUUCAACCCAGACCAUUCUAUGAUCUGCUUCCAGCACACCUGAUGGUGAGCAGCAGUCACAGAAUCACAAAGUCUGGAAAAGACACUAUAAACAUCAAAUCCAGCUGUCAGCCCAUGUCUGCUAACCCACAGUCCUUGAAUAUACUUCUCAGACAGCAGUUUUUUUUUCUUUGGUGCUCUCAUCCAGAGAAGUGUUAAGAGAGUAUAAGUCCUGUGUAUCUUUACAGAUGAAAUUACGAGAUGAAAUUUCUUUCAAAUCUUGCAGAAUAAUUAGAAUUUCUGUUUGCCAGCAGGAGCACUGAGAACAUUGGUGUGAUGCUGUUUUCCUUAGGACUGAGGAAGAUUUGGUACGAACGCAUUGUAUAUUCAUGACUUUAAAAAGCAGAAGGUCGAAUAGAAUUUUUCUUCUGGUCCUCCUAAAUGAACAGCACGGUGUGACUGUGCAGUGAGGUUGCAGGCUGUGUGUAUAUUCCACAAUCUUCAGGUAUUGCUUCGUUUCUGCAGCUGGUGUUGAAGUGAGCUCCUGAAAAUAUGAAAGAGCAGUUACAGUGGAAAACUGUUAGAUGCUUUUGUGUUUGAUUGGGGAUGGUACUAGUUCAUUCUGCACUCUUAUUUUAACUAAGGUCCUCAAGCUUAGCUGAAUACCAUUGGGGUACUCUUGUGGCAGGUUGGUUCUUGGGUUGUUUUUCUUUUUUGAAAAGUUACCUUGGUCAGCUCAGCUUCCCUUGUGGUGUAAUAUAGUGGCACAGGUCAUUUAGUAUUGCUUUAUCUCAACAGAUUCAAAGUGUGUUCAGUGUAUCAGUCUGUUUAAUCUAAAGCUCUGAGUACUUCCUGGAAAAUCUCAGGACACCCAAUGAAAGUGCCAGUGAAAGCGUGGGAAAACAUAUGCUUGAAGCAUGCAACAACAACCUGGAGAUGGCUGUCACCAUGUUUCUGGAUGGUGGAGGCAUAGCAGAGGAGCCCAGCACCAGCUCUGCAGCAGUGUCUGCAGUUCGGCCACACACCGAGGAUGAAGUACGAGCUCCAAUUCCACAAAAACAGGAAAUUUUAGUAGAGCCUGAGCCCUUGUUUGGAGCUCCUAAGAGACGCAGACCUGCGCGUUCAAUAUUUGACGGCUUCCGGGAUUUUCAGACAGAAACCAUUCGACAGGAACAGGAGCUACGAAAUGGAGGAGCAGUAGAUAAGAAACUCACUACUCUAGCAGACCUCUUCAGGCCUCCCAUUGAUCUGAUGCACAAAGGCAGCUUUGAGACGGCCAAGGAGUGUGGUCAGAUGCAGAACAAAUGGCUCAUGAUAAACAUUCAGAACGUGCAAGAUUUUGCGUGCCAGUGUCUGAACCGCGACGUGUGGAGCAAUGAGGCUGUGAAGAACAUCAUCAGGGAGCACUUCAUUUUUUGGCAGGUCUAUCACGACAGUGAGGAGGGGCAGAGGUACAUACAGUUUUAUAAAUUAGCAGACUUCCCUUAUGUCUCCAUCCUGGAUCCCAGGACAGGCCAGAAACUAGUGGAGUGGCACCAACUGGACGUGACCUCUUUCUUGGACCAAGUGACCGGGUUCCUGAGUGAGCACGGGCAGCUGGAUGGGCAUUCUACCAACCCUCCCCAAAAAUGCUCCCGUUCGGAGAGCCUCAUUGAUGCCAGUGAGGACAGCCAGCUGGAAGCUGCUAUCAGAGCUUCGUUACAGGAAACACAUUUUGAUUCCUCACAGGCCAAGCAGGAGAGUCGAUCAGACGAGGAAUCUGAGUCAGAGCUUUUUUCUGGAAGUGAAGAGUUCAUUUCUGUUUGUGGAUCUGAGGAGGAGGAGGAAUCGGAGAAUCCUGCCAAGUUGAGGAAGUCUCCACACAAAGACUUGGGGUACAAAAAGGAGGAAAGCCGGAGGCCUCAGCCUGAGCCCCCUGCAAGGACUGAGCCUGGGACAACAUCAAAUCAUAGGGUACUGCCCUGCAUUGAUGCAGGGGUCGUGGAGGAACCAGCUGACAAGCCUGAAAGUAUGUUGCAGGGCCUAGAUGUGAAUGGACCAAAGGCGCAGCUGAUGCUAAGGUAUCCAGAUGGAAAGAGAGAACAAAUUUCACUGCCUGAACAAGCUAAACUUCUGGCUCUUGUGAAACAUGUCCAGUCAAAAGGGUACCCCAACGAACGCUUUGAACUCCUCACCAACUUCCCUCGAAGGAAACUCUCUCACCUGGACUAUGAGAUCACAUUACAGGAGGCAGGCCUGUGUCCUCAAGAGACUGUCUUUGUGCAGGAAAGGAAUUAGCACCGUGGCCUGAGUUCUCCCAGCCUUCCUCCCCUCUCCUCUUUGCCUAGGACACCAACUCGUUGAUAUGCAGUUGAGGGUCAUAGGAUUGCAGUGCUAAAAUCAGGCAGGCAGCUGUCUGGCCCUUCUCUCUCUUCUUCCCUUCUGCUCUAGUGACAAUUGAGCGUGUUCAGAGUUCUGGUUUUGUUCUCAGCUUGAGCCCUUGGGAAGAACAUCUUUCCUUUGUUUUCAUGGAGUGAAGUAGAACAGUGACCUAUGAAUGCAGUGUGCUGGGACUUGGAGUGGCCAUAGUAGACGCACCCUGCUCGCUGCUAUUCUUUAAUCAGUUUCAUUUAAUUUGUAUUUGAAAACACUGUUUGAUAAGGCACUGAGUCACCUCUGUAAAGAGAGAGUGCAGUCUUUAUUGCAGUCUUUCGUUUGCUUUGAUUCUCCAUGUGAAGGUUCUCCAUUAACCUUACAGCAUUCUUGAGAUCAUUCACUUAACCUUGCAGUCUGCUGAAAUUUACUUUGGAAAGGAGUUCAGGAGCUGUGGCAAGAUUCUCUGCCCCUACCUAAUAGGCUUCUAGGCUGCGUGCAUGCUCUCAUCAUCCUUUAAAUGCUGCCAGUGGAUGCAGGUUUCAUCGUUUUUUUAUGAAAAAAGCAAGGAUCCCCCCUCCAAAAAAAAAAAAAGACUUGAAAAGCUGUGUCUGCUUUUGCUGCAGUAUCAACUCCUCCCUACAAGGAGGGGGAAAUCCUGUUUUUUCUCCUCUUUACUUGCUUUCAGGAUUUUACAGCUGACAAUAGAAGGUGGCAUGAUUCAGUGAAGACCUUGGGAGUGUGGAAAACAUGGAGUAAACUUGACAAGUAGUUGGCUUUUUUCCCCCCCUCCUUCUGUAUGUCACUGCUGCACCAGGGCUGACUAAUUUGUAAGUUGGUUUUAAAGCACAGACUGCAGUUGGGCAGGACAGCAAGUCCUAGGCAGGGUUCCUGUCAUUAAUUCAAACCAUAAAUAGCCUUGUCAAAACUGUGGAAGGAAUUAGUACUUCAUAAAAGACUUUAUAGCUGGUGGCAGCUCCAGGCUGCUUUUUAUUCCAUUGUAAUCUUAAUCUGCUGUCAUUUACCACUAAAUCUGGAAGGAUGUAUUGAAAACUACUCCUUUAUUUGUGCUUUCAUUUCAGCUACGAAAGCUGGCAGCAGAAUUCAUGCAGACACAUCCUGUGUGUAUGCCAAGUGCCCUGUUUUCCCAGUGUCUCACCUGGACAUUGAGCCGUUGGUACAGCAUAGGUUACAGGAAACAAAAGUCAGUUAACACUGCCAUCUGCAUGAUGGGUGUGCAGUGUGUUUAUUUACAGUUAAGCAUCCAAUUUAAUGUUCUUCGUCAGGGAGGAAAAAGGCAUACGAGUCCUGUAACUGUUUCUGUAACUGUCAGGUGCUUCAUACAUGUGACUUCAGUGGUCAGAAGUUUCCUAUAGCCUGAAACUUCUCAAGAUAUUUUUGCAUUUAAUUUCAUACCAGCCUUUGGAGUCUUUAAAUAGAGAAAGCCAUGGACAAUGUUUUGCAUUCCCCAUGGUAUAACAAUACAGUUGUGUAAAUUCAUUUUCCUUCUGCAUUAACGUCUUUGCAUUCUAAUGCAAGGUACAGCAUUGUGAAAGCAGAAUCUGAUGGCAUUUUCCUGACCAGUGAGUGAUGUGACAUCAGAUGCCAUGUUUGGUCUGUAAAGAGCUCCUUUCACAGAGGCUGUUUUGCAGCACUAAAAGGUGAAUGAUAAGGCCAGCAGAAUAGUGAGAGUGUUGGUGUUUGGCCUUUGGGGCAGCAGCAGCAGCAUUUCUAGACUGAAAGAUAUCCAUAGAACUUCUAGAAUAUCCAAAUUCUUGUCUCACACCUGGGAGUAGAAGAGUAGGGCAGAAGGAAACCCUUCUGUGUAAGUAUGGUACUUAGGUAAUUUCAGCUCUCCAGUUAAAUAUCCUACUCUGAUGUUUAUUACCUUGAAACUUGCUGCCUCUUCUUCAGUGAUUUGCUGCAAGAAGGUGGGCUGCCAACAGGGAACAGCACCUGACAUCAGCAUGAUGUCCUUUCUUGUCCCUCAGACAUGGGAGCAUGUUGACUUUUCUUGUUCUCCUGCCACUCCCUGUAUGCAGCAGCCUUUGCACUUUUGCUCUGUCUCUCAAGCUGUGUCUGGCUGGCUGCAUCUUGGUACUGGCCAGGGGGGGGGGGGG